AUGUCCUCCGUCAAUAGCGACAACUUUCUCGCUGUCGCGCUCGUCAUCAACCGCUCCCGCGACGGGCCGGCCUUUGUCUUCCACUACCCGGCGCAGGUCCAGCACAAUGCUACCGACACGGGCGCCGGAGCCGAUCUCGAGGACAUACUGCUCGAGCGGUUGGUGCAACCCGCAAACCACAACACUUCGGUCGCGAACGAGCAGCUGCCCCGCCAGUGGGACCGUGAUGAGCACAUUGUGACCGACUCGGGCGCGCAGAUUGUGCCCUGGGAGCACGUAGCUGGGUUUCCGGCACGGGACCUGGCUGGCAUGUUGACACCUGCGAGGCCUUACCACAAGACUUUGUUCCAGCUAUCUCUGGACCCCCUCUACUGUGUCUCUUAUCCGAUCCACGUGCCUGAGAAUGGCAAGUGGAAGAAGCAGAAGAAGUCCGGCAAAGGCAAUGAUGGGGACAAGGCAUCCACUGUAACGGACGAUCAUGGGGUCUCUAACGAAGCCGACAUGUCGUCUGGCAAGCUGUCUGACAACACGAAAGAUAAGGAAUCGAAGAAGGAUGGCGACGAAGACGAAAAGCGAAGCUCCAUGACCAUGUUCAACCUGGUCUUCAUCCUGAGACCAAAGAUACACGAGGUGAAGGAGCUAGUGGACUCGCUCUACGUCAACGUGGUGAAGAAGGCCAACAAGGCGUACAAGUACAGCCAGCAGCAGAGCGAUUUUAUCUGGAAGGAAUCGAAGCGAAUCCUGGCGGCAAAGGACAAAGCGCGUGAAGAACAAAGGAAGAUGAGCAGCCUCUGGAAGGAGAUCCUGCAGAUCUCGUCGCUCGCAGCCUCCAUGCAAGAAAUCUACACGGCCGUCUCCCAGAACAAGAUUGCGGCUCUGCACCUCGAUACACCCCUCGGCAUCCUGACCCCGUCUUUCCAGAUCCCCGUGCCCUUCUACGUGGCCGACAUUCCUCAAGACUCGGGUCGUGACCAGAGCGGCCUUUGGCUCACGACCGCCAACGCUUUCCUUAGCCAAGACACUCUGGAAGAGCCCGGCUUCCUCGACCGCAAUUUUGCUCUCCUCCUGAUGGACGAUGAGAAGAAGAUCAUCGCGGAGCUCCAAUCGGACGCUGAUCCGUCCACCGCCUCCAUGGUCGAAUUCGUCCGGCUGUCCAAGCCGACAAUGUCCUUUCACCAGGUCGCCCAGAGCAACAUCCUCUCCCUCAGCCAAGUCCGCCGGUUCGCCCAGCACUUUAUCUACUGGCGUCGCGCCAUUACCAUCCCACCCUUACACGCUAGAGACGUGUACAUUGUGUCCCCCAACUGCGACCCACGACGUCUCCCGCAGGACAGCGUCGAGUGGCAGCGCCUGUUCCCCGUGGCGCCCCCGUUGCCCAACUUCCUCGGCGAGCUGAGCCAGAGUCCACGCCCGUACAAGCACUUUUGCCCCAGCAAGGCGCAUCGCCCCUCGUACCUGCACAUGCUUGCCUGGCUCAUGCGGCGUGGGUGGGUGACACAGCUCUGCACAUAUGCCUACGUCGUCGUAUGGCCGGAAAUCAUCUACGAGGUCGAGUACGAAAUGGAGGCCGAGGAUCUGGCGGCUGCGUCCACUUCGUCGCUGGAGCAGGCGAAGCCCCCGACCAUUGUGGAGGAAUACGAGCAUCCCUUGUCCCCGACAUCCACGAUUGAUACUGCACAGCAGCAGCAGCCGCCGCCGCCGCCGCCGCCUUCAUCGCCACCCGCAAAUCCGUCAUCAACUGAACACGUCGCCGAGCGAGCUCGUCUCGAGCGCAUCGCCACCAAGGCGCACCACCGUGCUACGGAGCGAGCCAUUACCCAUGCCCGCAAGACGCCGCCUCAGCCCACGCCUCAUCCAUCGCUGAACGACGCACCUCAUCUCAAAGGCUUGACGCCGCACAUCAUUCUAGAUGCGAAGAAGGCAACGGGCAAGGAGGCUCGGUACUUGUCUGCCAUUGGAAAGAGGUUCACCGACGAUCGGGGCAAGCAGGCGUGGCAACUCUUCUGCAAGUACUUUGACGGCCGCUGCGCUUUGGAGAGAGUGGCACUACAGGAGGACAUGAAGCGAAAGGAGGUGUGGAAUCUUUUGACGAACAUGACUGAAACCGGCGAGCCAUGA